ACAAAACCCCGACAGAAAGUUGGAUGGUAGUAACAGAGUGUCCAGAACUCUCGGUAGCCCCCUAGAAGCUCUUCUCUCUCUCUCUCUCUCUCUCUCUCUCUCUCUCAAGUCCGCUUUAUCAUCUUCUUCUCAAUCUCCACCAACCAACCCAACCCAGUCAACAAAAAUCUAAUGCAAGCUGCUUUGGCUGCCAUGGUAGCCCAGACCAUCGUCUUCUCUUCUUCCCCAUCCUAUACCCUCUUCUCCCCUCUUUCCAAUCCUAACCCAUCUCUCCAUUCCUCCUUCCAUGGCGUUUCCUUCAAGCUCCCUCGUCAAUCCCACUCCCUCUCCCUCGCCGCAGCCCCUAAGCCUCUCGCCGUCGUCGCCGCCACCAAGAAAGCCGUUGCUGUCCUCGCCGGCACCUCCAAUGUCGAAGGUGUCGUCACGCUGACCCAAGACGACAAUGGUCCCACAACUGUGAAUGUUCGUGUUACUGGACUUACUCCAGGGCCUCAUGGGUUUCACUUACAUGAGUACGGUGACACAACAAAUGGUUGCAUUUCUACAGGAGCACAUUUCAAUCCUAAUAAUCUGACACAUGGUGCUCCUGAGGACGAAAUCCGUCAUGCGGGUGACCUGGGAAACAUAGUUGCCAAUGCCAACGGCGUGGCAGAGGCGACAAUCGUGGAUAAACAGAUACCACUUGGUGGUCCUAAUUCAAUAGUUGGAAGAGCUUUUGUGGUUCAUGAACUUGAGGAUGAUCUUGGAAAGGGUGGGCAUGAACUUAGCCUGAGCACUGGCAACGCUGGAGGAAGGCUGGCAUGUGGUGUUGUGGGUCUGACUCCAGUUUAAUAUCAACUACUUUAAGAGCCAGCCUGGUCUGCAGUAUUGGCUUUUGUUCUAGUAGUUUCUUAUAUUAGCCAGUGUUUUCAAAAUUGAGGGUGUAAUAUACUAUUGAGGUAGCAAGUUUUUUUGGUGAUGUUGUUAGCAGAGAUUUGUGAUUAUUCGCUUAACAAUAAACUUGAGUGAGUGGUUAUGCUAGCAAUGUAAAAAGGACACAUCCUACUUGUAUGUGAAAUCGUUGGAGUUGGAUCAAUAAUGUGGUGAUUUCUGCUAGAUUGAAUGGUAUUGGUUAUGUUUAUGUCA